CGUUCCCGCCGCAUCAUCGACCGCGCCGCUGCCGCCCCGCCACCGACCGCUGUCGCCGCCGCCCGCCAUCGACCGCCGUUGCCGCCCCGUCCCCAACAGGAGACGCUGCCGCCGCCGGAGACCCGCUACACCGCGCCACCUACGGAGGCCCUGUUUUCUGUGCCGUCGCGCCUCCAAUGGCCAGGAUCCGCGCCGCCACGCCUCCAUUGGCCUGGAUCCGCACCGCCGCGCACCGAAACAGGGCCCGUCCACCUCUGCCGCAACAGUCUACCCUCCCGCAGCUGGGGGCGCGUGUGAUGGCUGCCAUCGGUGGCAGCGUGCCCAGAUGCCUCCCUCCCCCACGGUGCAGCAAGCUCGAGGCCGUCACCAGACUCCCACCUGGUCGUGGACAUCUCCCCUCCUGCCGCUGCACGGGCUCCACCAUGGACGCCCCCACUCCUCCACCCCCCGAGAUUUCUGCACCUACAUACGGCCGUGAUCUGCUGCCCACCCGUGGUUGCGUCGAGCAACAUCUUGUGCUCGCCAACGCGUGAGGUGCUGCUGCCUGCUAGUGCUACAAGCACGCGAGUUACGUACCCUACCUCUCUCUCGGAUCAGUGCAACAAGGAGCCUCGUACUUUGAUGAUGAAUUAGUUGUACACGAGCGUGUUGUCCAUGAGUACGUUGGUGCAGAUCUCAUGUGCUUUUGUAUGCACGUGUGAUGAUGAAUUGGUUGAGCAUUGCACCCAUGCAAAUAUAUGUGUUUCUAUCUACUUUGAGAAAUUCGUAUGAUACUGGAGAAGAAAGUUAUGACAUCCUUCUCUAUCUACCAAGUUUGGAAGGUCAGAGACUAAAACCAACCAAGUUCAGCGCUCA